AAGCACCGCCGCAGCGCGGAGAGAAGCAGCCGACCUAGCUUUACUUGAACCGGUCCUCAGAUGUGAGUUUCCCUCUGCUGAGACGGCGUCCCCCUGGAUCCUGGGAGUACUCGCUUUCGGUCUGUUCACAUUCGGAUUGACUUGAUAAGAGGAGAGACUUCGUCGUGAACUAAGCUGGCCGGAGGUGGAUCUGCUCCAGCGGCUGUAGACAGUGGACAUCGGCGGAGCAACGGCCGUUUGGUAUCAGGAAGCGUCAGUGGGCCUGCAGGCUCCACGUGGGUGCUGAGACAGGAUGAAGAGGUUCAGGCGACAUGGCCAGGAGUCCCAGAGGGAUCGACUCAAACAGGAACUCUUCCAGUUCAACAAGACAGUGGAGCAUGGAUUCCCCCACCAGCCCAGUGCCCUGGGCUACAGUCCCUCCCUGCAGCUGCUUGCCAUCGGUACCCGCUCCGGGGCCAUCAAACUGUACGGAGCUCCAGGUGUGGAGUUCAUGGGUCUACAUGACGAGAAUGCUGCCGUCACACAGGUGCACUUUAUGCCCCACCAGGUUGAACUGGUGACUUUGCUGGAUGACAACAGUCUGCACAUGUGGACAUUAAGAGGUCACAAGGGACUUUCUGAACUUCUGGAGAUUGGACGCUUCACGCUCACUGGACCUCCUGGUGCCCCUCCAAGCGUGACCAGAGUGACUGCAGUACUGGCUCACUCCUCAGGGGAGCUGCUGCUGUUGGGGACAGAAGGAGGACAUGUUUUCAUCGUUGAAGUCCCGGGAUUCAGAGAGCUAGAAGAAAGAAACAUCAGCCUCGACCAAGUCGCUGCGAGCGUGCCGGACGACUACAUUGGCCGCAGGAAUCUGGAACAUGUAGAGGCCUUACAAGAGAACCCAAUCAACCCAAAUCAGGUUGUUAUCGGCUAUGGACGGGGUCUCAUGGUCAUAUGGGAUUUGGAGAAACAGUGUGCCAUCCAGCACAUCCCUGCCACACAGCAACUGGAGAGCGUGUGGUGGACUGAGGACGGGAGCUACAUUCUCAGUUCACACAGUGAUGGAAGCUAUUGUCGAUGGAUGGUGGGUGGUGAGGAUGUGAAUGAGGAGGAGGAAAAAUCAGACAUUCCUUAUGGACAUUUCCCUUGCAAGGCCAUUUCUAAAAUAAUUCAGCUCCCGACAGAAGAAGGGCCUCCAUUCCUGCUGUUCAGUGGUGGUAUGCCCAGAGCCAGCUACGGGGACAGACACUGUAUCACAGUGAUCCACAGUAAGACGCACGUAGCUCUGGACUUCACCUCCAGGAUUAUCGACUUCUUCGUCAUCAGGGAUGGGCUGCAGCACACAGGAGAUCCCAGUGCGUUGGUGGUCCUGGUGGAGGAGGAGCUGGUAGUAAUUGACCUGCAGACGGAUUGCUGGCCUGUUAUUCAGACACCUUACUUGGUCCCCCUCCACAGCUCAGCCAUCACCUGCUCUCACCAUGUCUCUGCCAUUCCCCUUAAAUUGUGGGAGAGGGUCAUCGCUGCUGGAGAUCUGCAGAAUACACACUACUCUAAAAAGCCAUGGCCAAUAACAGGUGGUCAAAACCUGGCUCCAGAUCCUCCACAGAGAGACCUGCUGCUCACAGGGCAUGAGGAUGGAACAGUGCGUUUCUGGGAUGCAUCAGGAGUCUGUCUGUAUCCCAUGUACAAGCUUAGCACAGCUGGGGUGUUCCACACAGAUGCUGAUCCCAAUGACAACAUGAAUCAAGGGGCUGAAGGAGAGUGGCCUCCAUUCAGAAAGGUUGGCUGUUUUGACCCCUACAGUGACGACCCGAGGCUUGGCAUUCAGAAGAUCCAUCUCUGUAAAUAUAGUGGUUAUCUGACUGUAGCUGGCACGGCGGGACAGAUCCUGGUGCUGGAGCUGAAUGACGAGGCAGCAGAGCAGACAGUGGAGGCUAAAGUUGUAGACUUGCUACAGGGCCAAGAGGGAUUUCGCUGGAAGGGUCACACUCGGCUGGACGUGCGUGAGGAGCCAGUGUUGUUUCCUCCAGGCUUCCAGCCCUUUGCUCUGGUCCAGUGCCAGCCCCCUGCUGUGGUCACUGCCCUCACACUGCACUCAGAGUGGAAGCUGAUAGCAUUUGGCACCAGCCACGGCUUUGGGUUAUAUGAUUACCAGCAGAAGAACAACGUCCUCAUCAAGUGCACACUAAACCCCAGUGACCAGCUGGCCAUGGAGGGUCCCCUGUCCAGAGUGAAGAGCAUAAAGAAAUCCCUCCGACAGUCCUUCAGGAGAAUCAGGCGUAGCAGAGUCUCUCUAAGAAAACAUCACGUCAACAACACUGCCAAGCUCCAAGAGGCUAAUGCUCGUUUGGAGGCUGAACUGGCGGAGAUGGAGCUGGCUCCUGUCCAGAGGAAGAUUGAAGCUCGUUCCUCAGAUGACUCCUUCACCGGCCUUGUACGGACGCUCUACUUUGCUGAUACCUUCCUCUCAGACAGUUCACAUAACACACCCUCCCUGUGGGCAGGAACCAAUGGCGGCUGUGUUUUUGCAUACAUGCUGCGCCUUCCUCCUGUAGAGCACAGAGCAGAUGAACCUGUCACCGCACAGCCAGCCAAGGAGAUCCAGCUGAUGCACCGUGCCCCUGUUGUUGGUAUAGUGGUGUUGGAUGGUCAUGGGGCUCCUCUACCUGAGCCACUGGAGGUAGCCCAUGACCUGGCUCGCUCGCCUGACAUGCACGGCUCCCACCAGCUACUGGUCAUAUCUGAGGAACAGUUUAAGGUUUUUACCCUGCCAAAGGUCAGUGCUAAAAUGAAGUUGAAGCUGACAGCCGUGGAUGGCUCCCGAGUACGGAGGGUAGGUGUGGCCUGGUUCUGCAGCAGUCGGACGGAGGACUAUGGUGAGAGCGGCCUUGUGGUUCUGACCAAUCAGGGUGACGUACAUGUGGUGUCACUGCCACAUGUCAAGAUGCAGGUCCAGUACCCCUGCAUCCGCCGAGAGGACGUCAGCGGCAUCGCCUCCUGUGUUUUCACAAAGCAUGGCCAGGGCUUCUACCUGAUCUCUCCAUCUGAGUUUGAAAGGUUCUCUCUUUCCACCUGCUACUUGGUCGAGCCUCGCUGUCUAGUGGAGGCUCCUCUUCAUUCUGGUUCUUCCAGCCAACGUCGGCCACAACCUGAUGGAGCUUCAUCCGCCCAUCGGCAAGACAGUGAGGAUGCAGAAAGUGCAGCUAGACGUGUUAUGGAGCAUGCUUUGCUGAAUGACGAGAAAGUUCUUCAGGAGAUACAAAAGUCACUAGAAGGAGACCAGACGUCAUUCCUGGAGAAUAAUGUGAAGACUGCUGUGGCUUGAGGGCCGUCCAUCCACAGUUGAGAAACAACUGACAUGUUGCUGUGUAUGAAGCAUACUACAGUCCUGCAGCAGCACUCGCCAGCUGCUCGGCUCACACAACCACUACUGACCCCUCGCCUCUGUGUGUGACUGCCCCGUCCCCACCCGUCCCCACCCCAUAGAGAGACACUAAAGGGCUCUUGGUAGUCGUGCUCUCUGGAGCUCCAUGAGUGUCCAACAGCUUCGUGGAGCAGACAGAGUUUGAAGGAGGAGACACCACCUGUGCCUAAGGACCACACACUGUUGCCACAGCAUGGUCACACACGCACGCGCGCGCACACACACACACACAAACACACACACACACACAAACACACACACACACACACACCAUUUAACAUAAAGCUACAUGAAGCACAUUCCUGACAUGGGACUAACGCCAUACUUCAUUAAACCAGCAUCCUAUGACUGCCAUAGAUGCCUCUUGUUGAAGCUGUUUGACUUAAAUACCCACAUCAUUCUGAAAGCCUUCAUCACCACCAGCCUAGAAACGAUUUGUACAAUCACCAUCCUCUGUUGGGCAUCUCACCAGUCUUCAUCUCCUCACGUGGACAUUAAGCUGGACGGAAUGCAGGGAAUGCAUUAAAUAAUGUUGAUGGAAAUAUUUUGUAGUUAAAAAGUGGUUUGUGCCUCUUCUCUGAAACCUCACAUUUAAUGUAUGGAGGCCCGUAUCUGCCAUUAAAUCAAAAAAAUAGACGAAAAGUUACAAGUGUCAACUCAUUUUCAGUUCAAAUUAUGUGAUUCUAGAAUGAAGUUGAGAUGCCAUGACAGCUUAUGAGGACUUAAAAUGGAAUUGUGAUACGCUAAGCCAACAUUUAUGUUAUUGUUUUUUCUUAAGCUACAUUUAUCCAAAGUCAAAAAUGGAGACAAAAAGUUAAAAAGUACUUUUUUUGCUUUAUUGUUUUUGACCUUUCAAGUCAGUAAUGACUCUGGAAUCAUGUGAUUUUAAAGGUAAUAUUACGAGAAACAAAGUCAGGAUUAGGAGAGAGAGGUUAAGUGAUGAAAAGAAUCACAAUUAUGACUUAUGUUAAGGCUUUUUACUUAAGAUCAUUACACAGUAAGUCACAUGUUUGUUUGUUUGUUUUUAUUUGGACUUAGUACCUUAAUUUUUCCCUCAUAGUUUUUAGUCAAAAGUCAUAAAUUCAAAGUUCUUAAUUUUAACAAUGCAUUAUGCCAUUUUUUUUAUUAGUCGUAUAUUUUACAUAAAAGCAUGUUAAGUAAUUCACCAUUUUUAUUUAAAUAUUUUGACUUAAUUGUUUUUUUUUUUUAACCCGCUCAUAGUUUUUACAUGCAUCAGUUUUAAAAUAUUUAUUUGAUCCCGUACUUACUACUUGGCCAAGUUUUGCUUCCUGGUAUUGUAAUUUGGAUUCAAGUCAUAUCUUUGCCUUAAUCUCAAACUUCACACUUCAAAGCUGGCAGAUCUUCUUCUUUUUUUCUUUAUUUUUUCCUUUAACAAGCUUCUCAUUCAGAUGAACAACCAAGGGGAAAUGAUCGGGCAUGCCCCAGACAAAAAAAAAAAAAGAUAAGGAUGUUGUUUUGUGUAUGUUGAACCACAACGAUGUAACUUGUGUUAUUAUGCUGACUUCUUAUGUACUAAGUUUGUAAUAGCAUUACACACUGUAUUGUGGCCCUGUAUACUGCUGGCACAGCUCUGCCCCCACCACCCACUCUGAGCUAAACCGGCCAUAGGUACUUCUGCACUACAGCAGAGCUCACAAUGCUGUAACUUUUCGGGGAUCAGCUUUUUUUUUGUUUGUUUGUUUUUUUAAUUUUUUACUUUUUUUUUUUUUUUUUAAUGUAAACCAGUUUUUAUGCCAGCAAUGAAUAAUGUAAUUUAGGAAUGUAAUUGUAAACUAUUGUAGUGAUUUUUAAAUAUAUAUAUAUCUACACACACACACACAUAUAUAUGGAGAGAGAGAGAGUAUGUAUGUGACUCUGUACCUGUGGGCCUGUUGUAAUCGGGGUUGGCUGCUAUUUAGACCACACAAGGAAAUAUUUUGGUACUGUGUCUCAGAAUGCUGGGUGUUGUAGCAUCAGCGUAGAAUAUAUUUUUGUAGUGAACUGAUUACGAAACCUAAUUUUUUGAUUUGUAAGUAACUUCACACUACAGGAUAAUUAUUACAUGUUUUUCCCAAAAAUGAAUGUCUGGUUGUAUUUACUCGCUGCACUAAUGUCUUUAUUUUGUAAGCUGAUGGUUUUCUACAUCAUUCAUCUCUGCUAUACUGCAAAGAAAUUCUUGACCGAG